GUGGCCGCAGCGGUCCAGUCGCAGACCCCGUGAAGGUUCAAAAAUAUAUGUAGCGCUGUGCAGCACAGAUAUACAUAUACGUACAUAUAUAUUUAUAUUUAUUUAUUUAUUUCUCCCGUGUUGUGCGGGUGCGUGUGGGUGUGCUGCGCGUUACUGAAAUCAGAAUCUACAUUGAGAUUAUUAUUCAUUUGUUUUAUUUUAUUUUGAAGUAACCCAUCAACUCCAGCCAUGUCUCGUGCGCAGACCAGCAGCAAGACGGCGCCGAAGAACAUAUCGGUUUACUGCCGUGUUCGCCCGCCGGUCUCGCAGGAGAAGGGUCACACCUUUGAGAACAUCACCUUUGACCCCAGAGACAACCGCGCAAUCGUGGUGAACCGCAAGUCUGGCACGAAGAUGAUCGAGAAGCGCUACAUGUUCAAUCGCGUCUUCCAGCCGAGCGUGACGCAGAAGGACGUGUACGACACCUUCGCGAGGGGCGCCGUCGAGGCCGCCUUUGAUGGUCAGCACGGUGUGCUCUUCGUGUACGGUCAGACCGGCUCCGGUAAGACGUUCACCAUUAGCAACGAUGACCCGAAGAACGAAGGUGUUUUGCAGCAGGCCAUGAAGGAGAUUUGGGGCAAGAUUGCGGCCGACAAGGAGAACGACUACGACUGCUCCGUCAGCUACGUCCAGCUUUACAAUGAAAUCCUGACCGACCUGCUCGAUGAGCAGAAGGCGCGUGUGCGCAUUCAGAUCGGUUCGGAAGGCCGCGGUGAUGUCGUGAUGGUGGCCGACGCCACCGGCCUUCCGAUCGAACGCCCCGUCAAAGACUACAAGAGCACGAUGGACGCCUUCAAGACGGGUAUGUCCCGCAAAGAGAUGGCCAGCACAUCGAUGAACAAUACGAGUUCCCGCUCGCACACCGUCUUCACGCUGAACAUCAACAAGUCCAGGAAGACCCAUGCGGUGGAGGUCGGCGCCGGCGGCGACGCGGCGGUGGCGCUCGAGGGCCGUCUCGUGCUGUGCGAUCUUGCUGGUAGCGAGCGUGUGAGCAAGACUCACGCGGAGGGCAAGACGCUGGACGAGGCCACGCACAUUAACCGCAGUCUGCUUACCCUCGGUAAGGUAGUGGCCGCGCUGACGGAGAACGCGCAGCACGCGCCGUUCCGCGAGUCGAAGCUGACGCGUAUUCUGCAGUACUCUCUCAUGGGCAAUGGCAACACCUCCCUUGUGGUGAACAUCAGCCCCUCCGACGAAAACGUCGAAGAGAGUUUGAGCGCCAUUCUGUUCGGGCAGCGCGCCAGCCAGAUUAAGCAGGACGCCAAGCGCCACGAGGUGCUGGACUACAAAGCGCUGUACCUGCAGCUUAUGGCGGAUUUGGACAACAAGAACGACAAGACGCUCGAGGACGCCUUGGAGGAGGAGCGUGGCGUCUACGAGGAUCGCAUCUCCGCCCUCAACGACCAGAUCAAGCUGCUGACGGAGGAGAAUACGAUGCUGCGCAACGAGAACGGCCAGCUGCGCGCUGCCGUGCCGGCGGACAAGCUAAAGAUGAUUGUCCAGACCCCCGCCAGUCAGGUGGGCGGCGGCGCUGCGAAUGGAGCCGCGGCUGGUGCGACGGGCGGUGGAGGCGUUAGUGGUGGUAAUAGCUGGGCGGAGGCGAGCCUCCAGCUGCGCGAGAUGAUCAAUCUGCGCGACGCAAAGCUUCGUACGAUCAGUGACGAGCGGGUGCGGUUGGCCUUGCUUCUCUCCGAGGAGCAGCGCAAAUGCUUCAAGCUGGCACAGAAGAUGCAGGCCUUCGGACUCAAAUACAAGAUGGAGCGCUCGCAGCUGACUCGUCGGCAGGACGAACUAGCCGCCGAGCUGGCCGCGUCGAAAGGUACGGACUACCUCAGUGCGGUGACCAACUUCGAUAUGCUCACGACCCUCAGCAGUCCCCGCAUGCCCCGUGACGGCGAGGAGUUCAACGAUUUGGAGAAGGCACAAGCGCAGAUUCGCGCCUUCCGUGCGGAGCGCCAGGAGUUGAUCGUGUAUCAGGCGAAGGCCGCCACCGCUAUUCGCAUGCUCGUGAAGGAGCGCGACGCGGCUCUGCGUAAGGCUGGUCUGAAGGCCGAUUCAAACUAA